CAGAAACAGAUACAUCCAAUUCUGUUUGUUUGUUUCUGCCUUUAAUUCAGGGAAAAAGCCCAUCUCUUCAAAUCCCACUUCUUUUUCUUUUUAUUUUCUCUUCUCUGUCAGCCUUAUGCAUAAAAGACUCCAUUUUUUGGUGGCUGCAAUUCUGUGAAUGUUUCAGAAUUAAAAAAGGGAAAUCAGGCGAGAGAGUGAAUUUUCUGGGUGAGGCUAAUAUUGUGGUUGUUGCUGAAGCAAAUCUGUAUGUGAUGAUGGGAAAUUGGGGGUUUUCUUGCAUUCCUAUUAUAUCACUAUUGCUGCUGCUGCUGCAAAUCUGCAGAGGGAGUGUGCAACGUAUAGGGAAAUUAGAUCCAGGAUUCAAAGGGUCUCAAAUGUAUUACAUAGACAAUGAUGGAUUGUUUCUGCUGUCAAACAACUCGAAUUUCGCCUUUGGUUUAACCACCACUGCUUCAGAUGUUACUCAAUUUCUUCUUGUUGUCAUCCACAAGAGCAGCUCAACUAUAGUCUGGGCUGCCAACAGAGAUUCCCCAGUUAAGAAUUCAGACAGCUUUGAGUUUGAUAUUUCUGGCAAUGCCUUCUUACAAAGUGGUGGAUCAACGAUCUGGUCUUCUGAUACUGCAGACAAAGGAGUUUCCUCAUUGCAGUUGUUGGAUAAUGGAAAUCUUGUGUUGGUUGGGAGUGAUGACAACACCUUUGUUUGGCAGAGUUUUAGCCAUCCCACUAACACCCUUCUUUCCAAUCAGGAAUUCUCUCAAGGAAUGAGGCUUAUCAGCGAUCGUGCUACGAGCAACUUGACUUACUCGCUUAAGAUCCAGGCUGGGGACAUGUCUCUGUCCGCGGAUUUCAAUCCUCCACAGCUGUAUUGGUCUAUGGGAAGAGAUAGCCGGAUAACCAUCAAUAAAGGGCACGGUGCAGUCACCUCAGCUGUUCUAAGUGCCAAUUCUUGGAAGUUCUAUGAUUCAAGUAGAGUGUUGCUUUGGCAAUUCAUCUUCUCGGAGAGCACUAGUGAAAAUGCAACAUGGAUCGCUGUGGUAGGCAGUGAUGGCUCUAUCACAUUCUCCAUGCUCCAAGCCGGCUCGUCUAGUCCCUCUUCAACAAGAAUACCACAAGAUCAGUGUAGUAGACCUGCAGCCUGUGAUCCAUAUGCAGUUUGCAAUACUGGUAACACAUGCCAGUGUCCCUCGUCCAUCGCCUCGUGCAAAUCCAUCGCCUCUCCUCGCUGUGAUAACUCAACAGGGUCGGUAGAACUUGUUAGUGGUGGUGAUGAUCUGAGCUACUUUGCAUUGCCAUUUGUUCAGCCAUUCUCUAAGACAGCAACCUUAGACAGUUGCAAGGCUUCGUGUCUUGGCAAUUGCUCGUGUGGCGCCUUGUUUUUCCAGAACAGUUCUGGGAAUUGCUUCCUAUUUAAUGAGAUAGGAAGCAUGGAGGGAUCUAGUAAUGGAGGUGGCUACACUUCGUACAUCAAAAUCUCGAGCAAUGGAAGGAGAGAUGGAGGUGGAGGCAGUAGUAAGCCUUCCCCAAUAGUGAUAGUCAUUGUGAUUGUGACUGUGGUUGUGAUAGUAGCAAUGGUGUUUGCUGCAUUCCAUUUCUACCGUAAAAACAAGAAAGCACCUGAGACGCCUAGGGAGAGCUCAGAGGAGGACAACUUCUUGGAAGGCCUAUCCGGGAUGCCUAUCCGGUUCAGCUACAAAGACCUCCAGACAGCAACAAGGGACUUCUCAGUCAAGCUCGGACAAGGAGGGUUUGGAUCAGUCUAUGACGGCACUCUCUCUGACGGGACACGGGUCGCUGUCAAGCAACUCGAAGGCAUUGGCCAAGGCAAGAAGGAGUUUCGUGCUGAAGUGAGCAUCAUAGGCAGCAUCCACCACCUCCACCUCGUCCGCCUCAGGGGCUUCUGCGUGGAUGGGAGCCACCGCCUCCUAGCCUACGAGUACAUGGCUAAUGGCUCCUUAGACAAAUGGCUGUUCAAAAAAGACAAAGGCGAGUUCAUGCUCGAUUGGAACACGCGAUACAAUAUUGCUGUGGGGACAGCCAAGGGCCUGGCUUAUCUCCACGAGGAUUGUGAUGUUAAGAUCAUUCAUUGUGACAUCAAGCCUGAGAAUGUGCUUCUUGAUGAUCACUUCAUGGCUAAGGUCUCCGAUUUUGGGCUGGCGAAGCUCAUGACGCGUGAACAAAGCCAUGUGUUUACGACAAUGAGGGGCACUAGAGGCUACCUUGCACCAGAAUGGAUCACUAGCUAUGCUAUAUCAGAAAAGAGUGAUGUUUAUAGCUAUGGUAUGGUGUUGCUCGAGCUCAUUGGUGGCCGGAAAAACUAUGACACUUCACAGAGCUCGGAGAAGUUGCACUUCCCUUCGUACGCGUUCAAGAUGAUGGAGGAAGGGAGGUUGAAGGAGAUCAUGGAUGACAAGUUGAAGAUCCAUGAAGAAGAUGAGAGGGCUGCUAUAGCCAUUAAAGUUGCUCUAUGGUGCAUACAAGAUGAUAUGCAUCUUCGCCCCCCUAUGACUAAAGUCGUGCAGAUGCUCGAAGGCCUCAGCCCCGUCCCUCCUCCUCCAACAGCCUCGCAGCUAGGGUCACGGCUUUACUCGAGCUUCUUUAAGUCCAUUAGCGAGGGGGGCACCUCCUCGGACUGCAACAGCGACGCCUAUCUGUCCGCUGUUCGCCUCUCCGGCCCUAGAUGAUAUAGGGGUGAAGCUUGUGUUGUGUAAAUGGUAGGAUCAGUUCCAAGUUUUGUAAUGAUAAAGCUAUCAAAUAUGUAUUAUGAUGUUUGUAAAUUAAUGGUUUUUGAUCUAUUGAGAAAAGGUUGGAUUUUUUUGUUCA